AUGGCGCCCGCGACUAAGGGUAAGGCCGGCGGUGUCAGCGCAACGUCUUUUUUUGAUUUGAAGUCUGAGCUCGCAAAGCAAGCCGAGGAAUUUACGAAGAACAAAGCUACAACUGGCGCCAAGUAUCUCAGCGAAGCCAAGAAGACCAAGUCGACGACAUGGGCUCGGCGAGACAUUGAGCUGGAGGAGGUCAGCAGGUCGACAGUGGAAUCGGCGCGGGCUGCUCUCGAGCGCAAAGCUCAGCUGUACGAGAAGCUGAGGAAAGGAAAGUCUGGUGGUCUCAGCGAACAGCAGUAUGACGCGCUGCUGGUGGAUUUUGAUUCGAAGACCAUGGAUCGCUAUGAAUCCGAUAGCGACGACGUCGACGAGUCUCUCACCGUUCCAAGAGCACAAGAGUAUGAUGAUGAUCCAGUCAUCGAAUACGAGGAUGAAUUUGGUCGCAUACGGACCGCACGCAGGUCCGAAGUGCCCCGACAUCUGUUGCCCACUUCUAAAGACCAAGAAAUAGGGGACGAGGACCCUUCUGCAGAGCGAGUCCAGGCUGUGGCAGAGGAGCUAGCCGAGGCACAGAAACGUCCUGAAAUGCAUUACGAUGCAGCGAAAGAAGUGCGCGCAAAGGGUGCUGCGUUCUACCGGUUCUCUGCAGAUGAGGAAACCAGGAGGCAGCAGAUGGAAGAGCUUCGAUCCGUCCGCGAGGAAACGAAGAAAACGCGAGAGGAGACGGGUGCGGUGGACGUGAUUCCUGGUGAAGUGGAGGGUAUGCGUGCCGAGGAUUCUGGCAGUCGAGCGCUUGAGAAACGCAAGAGAGAAAUUGAAAACAGGCGUGCUUUACUCGAGGCGAAACGGAAGAAACUGAAAACUGAGGGGGAUGUGGCACCAAAUUCGCAACCAAAGUCGAUCUUACAGACUCCUGCUGCCACUUCGUCUAAGGAUCCCUUCGCUGCAUUAGAACGGCAGGUACCUAACCCGCCGUCACCUGAACCUAAGCGAGCAGCAGUUCGUUCACAAGCGGCGAAGACGACGGAUGCGGAUGCCUUUUUGGCUCAGCUAGAGCAUGAAGUCCUUAAAAAACGAAAGUAG